AUGACCAAAAUGGCCAGUUAUUUCAAAGAAACGCUAGGAGAGCUGCGAGAGACAGCACUCAAAUCACUGGAAAAAAAUAAAGCCAACAAUAGUACCGAUGAUGGAUCUGAAAGCACGAAUCUGUUCGUCUCGUCGCUCGUUAUCAACCUUUCGUUAUCCUUACUCGCACUCGGCCUAUUCUCGUUCUUACGGCCGAGACUCAAGCAGAUUUACUCUCCACGUCAGCUGCUGUUGGAUGUGAUGUUUCCCCUGGGUAAACUGCCUCAUUCGUUUUUCGCGUGGGUAAUUCCUGCCUUUAUGGCCAACGAUGAUGAUGUGUUCUAUUAUGCUGGGAUUGACGCGCUCGUUUACAUGCGAUUUAUGCGCUUGUGCGUCAAAAUAUCCCUGGUGAUCAUGCCUUACGGUAUUGCAGUCCUUCUUCCGUUGAAUUAUUUCGGUAAAGAAGGCCUGCAUGGCUUGGACAGGGUUGCUCUCUCAAACAUAAAACAUAAGUCGUCUAAAGUCUGGGCACACGUUGUUCCUGCCUGGUUUUACACUUUUAUUAUUUGCUAUCUACUCUACGAGGAAUGGAAAAUGUACAUCAUGUAUCGCCAGGAAUAUCUUAGCAGCGGAAAAGGCUAUCAAUAUGCUGUGUUAAUUAGGGAUCUACCAGUUAAGGUAAUCAAACGGCAUCUCUCGCGCCUGAUUGUUAAGCAAUUUCUCUCCACAUUAUCAGUAAAUCAUCUGGCGAACAAUCAAUGAGAAUAGGCAAACUUAUCAACUAAAAAAUUUUUUCCUCAGAAAAAAUCAUAAUCCCUUAUACAAUUUUUGCCAAAACCUCCCACCAGACCUGUAGAUGUUGUCUGAAACCAAAAUUCCUCCAACAACUUAAUUGCAUUUUAGUUUCACUUUGAAAUUCUUGAAAUAUCAGUCAAAGAAUGUUUGGUAUUGACAUGGCUCAGAGGCAAUAUUAAUUAAUUGACUUGAAACUUGAAACUUUACCUUAUUUGUGCUCAAGUGUAGAAUUAAAAAAGAGGUGUUUCUGAAGUUUAAACACCCCCCCCCCCACCUUGUAAAAAAAUUUCUAGAUCCACCACAGCACCCCUUGCAACCAAAACCCUUUCACUCCCAAGAUCUUUACAGUAAUUUUCCUUACUGUCUGACUUACCCAUUUUAGAUGAAUUGAUUUUAUCAACUGAGUUGAUAAUGUGAGGUAGCCUCUAUAAAGAGUUUCUAUUAAGCUAAUGUUUCACGUGUUACCCUUUCGUCAGACUUAUUUUUUGAUCUCUUUUACUCCUUAUAGUUUCAAAAUGAGCAAAGCAUGAAAAGCUAUCUUGAAGAACUUUUUCCAGACCAGGUGUGACUAGUUGAUUAUUUUUUUGAUAAUUAGAAUUGCAACAGUUCUUGUAUACAGUGCUUAACACCCAGGUAUCUUUAUUGUGCGUAAAUACAUAGGAUUAACCCUUUUGUACCUUUAUAUCAAUAUGUGUAUUCUCCAUACUGUUCUCUAGACAUUUCAUAUGGUGCUGACAAGGAGAAUUUGUUUCACAAUCAAGAGCUUCUUUUGUUGGUGAUCAUUUCCUUUAUUCUUGUCACCUUAAUGUUUGAUUAGGGUUGAUAUUGUUGGGAGAAAUUAGAUGCUGGUCACUCUCAGGAGUUUAAGGUUUAAGAAAUAAAUUAGUCGGAUAAUGAAAAAAUAUCAUGUGCACAUGAAAACCUUAACUUUUCUCUGUUUUUGUGGCUUUUGGGAAUUUGACAUUAAUCGCCAUGAAUAGGCAAAUGAGAGGCUCCAUCUUAAAAGUUGCCUUAAUCAAAAUGAUUGGAUGAUUAUUGAAUUACAUUAAAUCUGAUUUUGUCAUUAGAUUGAGGAUGUAAUUAUGAUUGAAGAUCUGAGGAAAUGGCAGGCAUUGAUUGAAAAACAUGACAACCUAGUGUGGAAACUUGAACGUUCUAAGGUAAGUAAUAACCAGGAUUAGGAUUGUCUGUUGAUUGAUGUAGUGGUCAAUACAUGUCAGUCAAUUGCGGGCCAAAAGUCACCCAAGAGGGGGUCAAUUGAGUCAGAUGAUAGUUGAUUGAUGGUUGACAAACAUGUGAGUAAUAGUCAGCCAAUCUCGUUGUCAAGGUGUCAGUUUACUUUUGAGGCAGUGGCUUAUCAGUGAGAUGACUUUCAGUGGAGCAUUAGUGGCUCUCCUCAGGGAGCACUUCCUAGUGAUGAUGUAUGAAUUAAGUUUUCAUUCAUCAUCAGUUGAGUAUUGUGGAAGGAUCAAUUCACCGCUGACUUAUUGUUAGCCAAGUACUGACUGACACAUUGAACAUGUUUAGUGUGUCAGGCCAAGUGGCCGAAAACUGCUGCAGCCUAUCCCUGCUUUCUGAAGCAUAGAGCAUCCAGGAGUGUAUCUACCCCACCUUAAUAGGAUGCUGGUCCAUGGCUCCCCCCUGAAAUGUUAAAACUGAGUGGAGGGAGUCUUUGUUGGAGUAAGUUGUCUUGCCUAAGAACUCAAUGAUCCAUUCAGGUCUCAAACCCUUGAUUUGAAAUCAAGCAUGCUGAUGGUUAGGCCAUUGUAUUUCCUAGCUCGUUGGCUAAAAUAGUAACCAAAUUUAUAACCUACCUUAGUUAUAGUGCACAUGAUCCUUUUACUGAACACAUACUUGUCCACAUGCAUCUGCAGUAUCAUGUCAUUCCAUUUUUUUUGACUUUCAGGCAGUUUAUGAAUUGACUGGAGAAAGACCAACUCAUCAUUCACAUCCUUGUGGCACUGAAUUAGACUCUAUCACCCAACAUGAGGGGGACUUAACAGUAAGUUAUUCUUACUAAAGUAAAGGCAUAGGAGACUAGAGUAAGAUUCCUUCCCCAUCCCAUCCCACCUUCUUAACUCAAAAACCCUGAUGUUUCUAUAGAAAUGAAUGCUGACCUUCAAGCAAAAAACAGCCAAUUAAAUCUGACAAGCAGCUUGCACAUAAGCCAUUGAACAGUGUGUAUUCCAAUCAAACUGAAAGCAGUGGAUGCAGAACAACUUAAAUUUUUUAGAAAACUGAUUUACCACUCCUAAAUAUCAUUCCUUCAGUCAGUCAGUCAUUUAUAGUCAGUCAGUCAUUCAGUCAGUCAUUCAGUCAGUCAUUCAGUCAGUCAUUCAGUCAGUCAUUCAGUCAGUCAUUCAGUCAGUCAUUCAGUCAGUCAUUCAGUCAGUCAUUCAGUCAGUCAUUCAGUCAGUCAUUCAGUCAGUCAUUCAGUCAGUCAGUCAGUCAGCCAGUCAUUUUGUCAGUCAGUCAGUCACAUAGUCAUUCAGUUAGCCUGUCAGUCAGUCAGUCAGUCAGGCUGGCAAUCAUCCCAUGAUUUAUGUAACUAACUAUUUCAAAUGUCUCUGCUUUUUUUCCCAAGACAUUACAGAGCAAACUAGAGAGUGAAAUGAACCAAGAGCACAACAUUCAUCCAUGUGCUUUCAUAAUAUUCCGAAGUUUGCGUAUGGCAACAACAGCAGUGCAAAUAGGAUGGGAUAACUAUUCCUUGAAUAUGAAGGUAACUCCAGCACCUGAGGUUACAGAUGUCAUCUGGGGCAACCUUGGGGUUGGUCUUUGGCGAAGGUAUUAACUCAGACACUGUAUAUUUAGUAUAGUUUUUAUACAGCAAGGAUAUGUAUGAAAUUUUUAAAGAAAUUUAAUUAUGACUAAACCUCUCAGAGUUUUUCAGCUUAUCAGUAUUUGUCAAGGAUUAAAUAAAACUCAAGUUAUCUUUUCUCUUUUACUUAAUAAGCAAUUGGCUGCAAUUUCCAUGGGUUUACUGGCAAUAACCACUGCAGGAUGUUGGGAGAAUAACAGAAAAGUUUUAGAGGCAAUUUUCAUGUACAAACUUUUUGAGUGUUCUCCAAGUAUUCUUAAUGGGUUGUUACGCUAGUGCACAGAUAGAAAGUAUUUCAUAUUGCUUUUAUAAAUAAAUGUUAAAUGUUUCAAUUUUCUUUUUGUUUAUAAGUAUAAUAAAUGAUAGAUUUUUUAACCAAUCAGGGCCCUUAUAUUAAGUAUCUCAGUCACUCUAUAAAUUUGCAUAACUUACAGUGCAUUUUCUCGCAAGAAAAUUCCAGAUGCAUAAUUCCACUGUCAAAUUAGAAAAACUUGUUGAGAUUAGUCGGCACAUCAUGACCCAUGUUUCCUAAAACUUAAUCAUACAAUGUUAUUGUCUCCAGCAAAAAAAAGAGACUACAAAGAUGUGAUGUGAUUAAGACUAUCAGAUGGGAUUCUGAAAUUUUCCUACUGGCUCAAAUGUUUCAGAACUUUCCACAACCUGAACAUCAGUUGCUGCUACUAUCUUUUAUAUGCUUUUGAUUAUUGGUAAAGAGCUGUGCUUGAGUGAUAUGAUUCAAAUGAUUCGAAUGUACCCUCUUACUGUCAGUUUUUUUUCACACCUGUCUUUUUUUCCAUCAGGAAAUUUUGCACAGGUCUGGUCUAUGCUGCAAUAUUUGCUUUGGUGUUUUUCUGGGCAGUGCCAGUUGGAUUUAUCUCAGCUUUAAUUACAAUAAAGAAUAUUGCAAAAGUAGCUCCCUGGCUGGAUGCAGGUGAGUCAUUUAACCAGUACACAACCUAACAUCAGCAUACACACUCUCUUUCCAGUCCUUUAUAUAUUUUCCAUGGUAAUGACAAUGAGAAGUUUUUUAAUGAUCCUAAGCUGCCUUUCUUGGUGAAUGUGUAAGGGGAAAAAAAAUUACCCUUAAGGGUUAAAUUAUUAAAACUUAAGGGCAUAACUGCAUCAAAGCUGGCCUUCAUUGGUGACAAAGCUGUAAGACAAGAGUUGAAGGUUGGAGUUAUGGAGGAGCUGGUGAACUAAUGAAUAUUGGAGUCUUGAAAGAGAUUGAUGUGUAAUUGUAGUUGUUUUCAUAAUAAACAGUAUUUUUAUCUAUCAUUAUUAACAACCACUAAAAUUAUUGUCAGAUCUAAGGGCUGCUGUCAGACUUUACUUACUAUUUUCCAAUUUUAGACACCAGUGUCCAACUUGAGACAUUCAUGAGCAAUUUUAGACACUUGUCUGUAAAAUAGGAAACUGUUGCAGUAGGAGUUUUGGAAUUUUGUGUGAAAAUGCACCUGUGUACAUGAAACAAUUUUAUAUUUUUAAAAAUAGGUACACAUUCUUUGUGCUGUUUGAUUAACAUUGAGGUAGAACUUUUCUGCCUGAGAAUUACUUCAUUUUUUUAUCUUUCAACUUAUCUUGUCAUUUGGUAGUUUUAAGCUAUAAUAACUUCGCAAGAGGGAUCAUUGAAGGGGUUUUAUCGAGUUUAACACUGUGGAUCUUCUUUGCUAUCCUACCGUUGGUAAGUAGAGUCACUUUUAUUUGCUGGUCAAGUAAUUUCAUCUAAAUAAGACAUUUUUGUUUGUGUUUAUACCUAAUAACUGCUUGUACAACUCAGUUAACCCUUUCACUCCCACAACUGACCAAGACAGAAUUUCUCCUUACAAUAUCAAAACAAUAUUAAGCAGGUGGGUGAUGAGAAUAGAGAAGAAUGUCAAUAUUAUUAUGGGAUUAUUAGUUGAUCCAAUACCAAAUUCUCUGAACUAACAUCAUAAGAAUUGUAUGGCAGAUAGUAAGGAGAAUUACUAAUUAGAUCUCGGGAGUGAAAGGGUUAAGGAGCUGUAACGGAAGUGGAGUCGAGGUAAAGAAAACAUAGCAGUCAGACAUCUGUGCAUGUCCAAACAUUGUAAGGACAAAGAGGUGGCCCAGAGUCAGGGUAGUUUCAGACGUUCUAAAGCAAGUUUUUUUGCAGGGAUUAUAAGCUGGUAUUGGUGAUUAGACUUUUUUGGCAAGCUGGUACAUCAACAGAAUACUCCUGCAAUUGAGUAAAAUUUGUGUUCAAAAAGUCUUAAGAUUUUUUCCCUUAAUUUUAUUACCUUUUUCAGAUUUAUUUGGACAUUACAAAGUACUUUUAUGGAUAUAUGUGGCUGUGGUUUUCAGUCAGAUUUCCCUAAAAGCAUUGCACAACCGGCAAAAAUUGUCCCAUUUGCACAUUAAUCAUAACCAUUACAAUUUCCUCAAAUGUGAUUGGUGCAUCAGCUGCUUUAUAUUUCUCUAAUCACUCUGUACAGUUGUAAUCGGACGGUGUAAUUAGACAGUUGGCUGUCAUUGGACACCUGUAAUCAGACAGUUGAAGCAGCCAAUCAUACAAAGUCCACUCGGCUAAAUCCACCAAUCAUAGAAUUGAUCACAAUAACCAUAGCAACAACCACUUACCCUGUAAAAAGUCAGGGAAAUUUCCAAACAUUUUGCUUUAGACAUUGUCCUUACUGGAGAUGUUUGUCCUAAAUUUUUUUUUUUUUUUUUUUUUUUUCGAAAAUUUAAUGGUUAUGAUUAAUUGGUAACAGGACUUCAUGUUGGCCAAUUCUGUCUGUAGUCAUACUCAAGACUGACUUAAGACAUUGUCUCCACUAGAGGUAUUUGUUUAAGGUGCAUUUGUUUUUUCAGAAAUUGAAAUGUUUAUGAUUAAUUAAUUGGUAACAGGACUUCUUGUCGUCCAAUUUUGUCUGUAAUCAUACUUAUGAUUGACAAAUCGGACUUCUGCUUCGUGGUCAUCCGAUUUUGUUAAUCACUCGUAUGAUUACAAACGGAAUUGGACUUCACUCAGUCCAAUUACCAUUAUGUAUUACAUUUGACCGUUGUAUUAUGUAAAAUUACACCAAUCAAAGUGGCCCCUGCCAUUAGAGCUUAUCACUGCUUUAAGAAACCACAAAGAGUUUAAGAGUUGAAUAUAUCCCAGUUGACAGGAUACUUGUUACUUGUAUAAGACAGAUUGACUCUAACCCACCCUCCCCUCCCUUCCUUCUUCUCAUUUGAUUUGAUCUCAUUUAGUAGAAUUUUUCCUUUUUCAGAUUCUGGAGAGGCUUACCAGACUUGAGGGCCUUGCUUCACAGAGUGAAGUGGACAAGUCUGUCCUGGGAAAACUUUUCAUUUUUGUGGUAAUGUUUUCAAAAUUAUAAAUAAUUUUUCUAAUUUUUAACUUAAUUUCUUCAGUUUGAGUUGAAAAUUCCAUAUAAUGAUCUCUUUUGCUUUUGAGCUUUGCACUGUCUAAGGUAGAAAGGUAUUGUAAAGUCGGAUCAAUAUCAGUAUCUGGCAAACUGCCCACCUACCCCUCCCCUAACCCAACAUUAACCCUAACUUGUUAUCAAUUGACUGUUGUUGAGUUAGAGGAGGGGAAGAUGGCCAGUUGCCCAGAUACUGAGAUUGAUCCGUAAAGUCUGCACAAGAGUCAAGCGGCCAACUGGUUGAAAACCAGUGGUUAUUUUCUUGACCACUACCAGAGCGAAGUUAGCCAAAAGCGAGACAUUUUGAGAUUAUUUUGGACACCUGAAUCAAUGGGAAAUAACUUUAUUGUUGUUGUGCCUCUACAGAUUGUCAAUCAAUUCCUUUUUCUGUCCGCCGGGGCAGCGGUUUUCGGAAAAUUUAAAGAAAUACUGAGAAAACCUGAGGAUAUACCGCAGUACUUGGCUCAGUCCUUGCCGGCGCAGGCCACGUUCUUUAUCUGUUACAUCGUGUUUCGUGGUCUAACUGGGACGUCACUGGAGCUUCUGCGCAUUUUUUAUCUUAUUAUCAUUCCUAUUAAACGGAAGUGGUUUUGUCACACUCCAAGAGAAGACGAGGCGGCCUGGAGACCACCCUAUGCCAUGUAUGAUCGACUGGUAUGUAUUGUUUAAAACUUACGCAAAUUUUUUUUCUUAAUGUUGUCAAAAGUCUCUUCUCAGUUAACAGCUCUGAUAACGUUUAAUCAUUCUUCUCUGAUGCUGAGGAAAACGGUUGACAGCUAUUGUACCGCCAACACCAGGAAAUUAUUAAUUGUAAAGUUAAAAGUGAGAGUAACCUCGCAAAAAAGAAGGCAAACACGCCAGAUUUCAAUGUGCGUUACAAAUAGUCUGGUGUAUUUAUAUGGCAACCGGGAUAUCUCGAUCCUUGCUUGUACAUAAGCUUCGAAUUUUUUGCGUGAGUUGAAAUUUUACCCCAGGGUAACUGGAGAUUUCUUCCUGGUGGACAUAGGUCUGUGUAUCACUGUAAUUUUAGCCUGAAUAUCCUGGGUACCGGAAUUUUUUCGGUAUAGACUUAUGUAACAUGUCAUUACUCUUUGGUAAGAGACUAAUUAUCAUCGACCCUCUUUUGCAGUACAAAGAUCACUUGUUUGUUCUGAUCGUGGGCAUUUCGUACUCAGUCCUCGCUCCUCUCAUCACUCCGUUUCUCGUGUUGUACUUCGGGUUUGGUUACAUAGCCUGGAUGCACCAGAUACUUUGUGUAUACAUCCCAGUGUAUAGUACUGGCGGGCGGAUGUGGCCAAUAGUUUUCAACAGGUAAGUUAAGGUCAUAGAUAAAGAGGGUAAGUUUCUAAAGAAACUGCGGUGCUGCGUCGGUGGGGUAGUAGAACACGAUCAUUUUGGUUUUAGCAACUAAUUUGAUAAUGUGAAUUGGCCACUGUAAAGAGAUUCAAAGCUGACGUUUCGAGCGUCAGCCCUUUGUCAGAGCGAAUGGGUUUAUGACGAAGGGCUAACGCUCGAAACGUCAGCUUUGAAACGCUUUCGGUGGCCAAUUUACGUGAUCAACUUGAUGAUAAGUUGAUAACCAAAGUUAUAGGGUCAUAAAUAGGCUCGAUUACUAAUCGCUGUUCAGGAAAUGAUCAGGUGCUCCCUCCCAUGCUUAAGAGGGUGAAAGACUGAGCCCGAGAAAACGGCAGAAAUUUAGCGUAGACCAUGCGUCGAUCGUCAUUUUUAUAUCAUGAGCAGGGUACUUUUUGUCUCAUGAUCUCACUUUUUAUUCUUUAGUUGGACGAAAAAAAAUUCAAACAGCUGGCCUCGGACAAUGAGUAACAUUUCAAAGGACCAUGAUUCAUACCCCAUGUCUGUUCUCCUUUGUGAUCCACGCAGACACUAUAUGAAAUGAACCGAAAAGAACUCGCUGGUCUGCGAGGUGGUAAAUUAGUUUCAAAUGAAGAAAGUGCUCUAUAUGAAGUCGCUCUAUUUUGUAUUUUUGCAGGAUAAUAGCUGGAAUGAUCGUCUUCCAUCUCCUAAUGACAGGAGUACUAAGCUUAAAGGAGUCGUUCAUCGCUGCGGGUUUUAUGCUUCCCCUUCCUGUUAUCACGAUCCUGUUUUUCUUGUUUAUCCAGCAGCAUUGUCUGAAACCUUCAAUGUACUUGUCUAUUAACAUGGCGUCUGGAUUGGCAGAAGCGAGUCCUCGUUUCUUACAGGUCAGUGUGGUGUGCUGUAUGUUACGUAAAGUGUGAUGUGAGGUAUAUGUGGUUUGAUACACGUGAUGCGGAAUGUGUGAUGUGUCAGGCGUGAUAUGUGAUUUUUGAUGUGUCGUGCCUGGUACGUGAUGAGUGAUGUGCGAUGUUUUAUCGAAUGAUGUGUGGCUUGGUACUCGAUGCGUGUUGUGUAAUAGCUGAAGUGCCCUUUUCAUGAAGUGAUUUGUGUAGUGGGAAGUGUGAACAGUGAGAGCUAAAUUAUUGUUAAGUCUGCUCGACAGCUUUCGUUCGGUAAGACGUAGAUAUUAACGUCAUCUCACGGCGCAUUUCCACAUGUUGUUGUAAAAACAAAAACGAGGUAAUCAUAAUGGCCACAAAGAACGAAGGAAAAUAUCACGAGGAGCUAAUCAGAAUUCAAAGUAAAACAUAAGCAAACUGCUUGGAGUGCAAUAAUUUGUGCGCAGUAAUAAGUCGAGAUGGAAUAGUCUUACAUUUAUUUGAUAAGCAAUCAUGACCAUUCACAGCAAAGUAUAACUAAACCGUUGCUAAAAAUCCCAGAUUACUUUCGACUCUGAAUUGAAAAUUUCUCCAAUGAACGCUUUUAACUUUUAUCAUAGAGCGUUGCACAAAGUUAUGUCAGAAACUACCGUCUGCCCCCAACGUACGGCCUUAGUUCGUCACCCAUUAAUGGUGGAGAUUAUGCCUACGAUGACGAAGAAAGGUCGCCUGUAAUCACGCCGAGCCACUCAACUGGUGGAAUUUCUAUGAGCGAAGAGUUUGCGUAGAAUGCUGGGAAAUCCUCGUGUGGACUAAAAGUUUGUUUCUGCGUAAUAGCGUGACGUUUACUGUGUCUUUUACACCAAGUAAGAGCCGUGAUAACAAAUUGGACAGCAAUGCUGAUGUUAGU